AUGUUGAAGGAUCUAAGAACAGACAUGCAGAAUAAAUACAACAUGACAGAAUAUGAGUUCAUGAAUUUUUCAAGAAGAGCCAAAGAAGUCUUUUCGGUUGGGGAUGAAAUAGACUGGACUUUUCCUAUCAGCUUUAUGUUCGUGGCAACAACUCUAUCGACAGUAGGAUAUGGAAAUAUAACACCUAAAACACGUCUUGGGCAACUGAUAACCAUCAUAGUUUGUAUUCUUGGUAUUCCUUUGUGCAUGCUGACCUUUAAAACUACGGGAGAACUUGUUGCUUCUUGUCUUCGGUUCCUUGUUAUCAAAGCUGAAAAAGUUAUCCUAAAGAGAGAGGAAUCAAAACAUGUUAAGAAAAAAACGUUUCUUGCGACGUGUGUUUUGAUGUUAACACUUCUCGCAUUUGCGGCCACGUUAUCUACCUUCCAAGAACAAUGGUGUUUCACAGAGGGUUUAUACGCCUGGUUCAUUACUUUCACAACAAUUGGUUUCGGGGACUAUGUACCAUUUCAGAAAAAGGUUCACCGAGAAAAAUAUUGGGAAAACAGCUUCAUUGUUGACACUAUCAUCGUUGGUUUACCUUUAAUUUUUGGACUGAGCAUCAUGUCCUGUCUCUUAAACUGUGUCGUCGACUCUCUGGGUGAAAUACGAAGUUUUCGUAAUCGCUGUUGGGAGUUCUGCUCAAGGAUAGCUUGCGGUCGAUGUGUAAGCUAUGUUGUUACACCAGAACAGCGCAAUCGAGAUGCUGGAUCAGUUUUUGAAAAUCAGUCAACUAGACUUUAG